GGUGGCCUCAGCGUCCGACCGGGGCCGCGGUGACCCCGGCGCGGACCGGCUCGGGGCUAAGCCGGCGUGCGCACGAACCGGCUCCCGGAGCCGGGUGCGGGGAAGGCGCGAGAGGACGGCCCUGCCGCGCAGGCGCCGAUUCCGGUCCAGGAGGGGCCGCUGGUUGCUGCAGUGUUGGACUGUACCUGAGCCGUGUGCUCCUGGGAAGAUCCCCCCCUCCUCGGGUUCCGGGAAACAGCUGGCUGCAAAGAACCCCCUUCCCACAUGAUGCCCUUGUUUACCUGUGACAAGGCCGUAGCUUACUUCGCGGAAAGGUGCCCACUGGCCAUCCACCAUGUCGGCCUUCCUCUCAGCCUGUCCGCCUGUGGGGACCAAGCCGGGAGAACAAAUUGCCACAGGUGUACCCUCAUGAAGGAAGUCACAUCCCUGUGUGACCCUGCUGUGAGCCCGUGGAGUCCUUGACCCUGAUCCGGUAUCCGGCUGGUGUAAGUGCCUGGUUCACUCCACAGCGGUGGAGACAUUGAAAGUGGCUGAUUCUGGAGUAGAGAGCCAGCACCCCAGGCCAUUGCCCGCUCCCUGUCCUGCCUAGAAGUGAGUGGCGUUUUAUUCUGUAGUACCUGUGCCAGUGGUUUCCUCUAAGUGCCCCCGGGAAAAGGUGCUGCAGGGCCAUGGCCCUCAGGAGCACGAAAACUCAUGUGAAAUAAGAAAGAAGAGGCCUCAGGACUCGGGGUGCAUUCCCAGUCCACAGACCUUUGACCAGAGGCCUUUUUCCAGAGCAUCAGGACAGAGCAGAGCAGAUUUCCCAGGACCGGGGGAGAAUGGUCAAGUCACAGGUGUCAUUUGAGGAUGUGGCUGUGGACUUCACGUUGGAGGAGUGGCAGCUGCUUAAUCCUACUCAGAAGACCUUGUACCGGGACGUGAUGUUGGAGAACUAUAGCAACCUAGUUUUCUUGGGUUAUCAAAUGAUCAAACCUGAGGCGAUUUUCAAACUGGAGCAAGAAGAGCCGUGGAUAUUAGGUGAAGAAAUCCUAAGUCAGAACUUUCCAGAAGAAGUCUGGCUAGAUAAUAAUCUCAAAAUGUGGCACCAGGAUAAUCAAGACAAGCUUAAAAGUAUGGAGAGAGGCCAUGAAUAUGACGUCUUUGGGAAAAUGUUUCAUUCAGGCAUUAACUUUGAUCAUUUAGGAAUGAGAUCCCAUAAAUGUGGCACAGGUGAAAAAAGUUUGAAACAUCCUUUUGAUUUUCUUAUUCCAAAAAGUAACUGUGAAAGAAAAAAACUUGAUGAGCUUAAUAAGAAAUUACUAUUCUGUAUCAAGCCUGACAAAACCUGUGGUGGAAUAAAAUACUCUGAUUGCAGUAAAUGUAGAAAAGUCAGCAGUAAAGAGCCAGGGCUCAUUACAAACCAAAUAGCACAUACAGGAGUCUGUUUAUGCAUGGAAUGUGGUAAGGUUUUUAACAAAAAGUCACAGCUCAUUAUACAUCAGAGAACUCAUACAGGAGAGAAGCCCUAUGGAUGCCAUGACUGUGGGAAAGCCUUCUCCCAGAAGUCAUUACUCACUAUUCAUCAAAGGACUCAUUCAGGAGAAAAGCCAUUUGGGUGUGGUGAAUGUCAAAAAGCUUUCAGCAGGAAGUCACUGCUUGUUUUACAUCAGAGAACUCAUACGGGAGAGAAGCCCUAUGGCUGCAGGGACUGUGGGAAGUCCUUUAGUAGGAAGUCACAGCUUCAAAGGCAUCAGAGAACCCACACAGUAGAGAAGCCCUAUGGCUGCAAUGACUGUGGGAAGGCCUUCUCCCAGAAAAUAAGGCUUAUUACACAUCAGAGGACACACACAGGGGAGAAGCCCUACAAAUGUAGUGAUUGCGGAAAAGCCUUCUUUUGGAAGUCACAGCUUAUUACUCAUCAGAGGGUUCAUACAGGGAAGAAACCGUAUGCAUGUAGUGAGUGUAAAAAAGCCUUCAGCAGGAACUCACUCCUCAUUAGGCAUCAGAGGAUCCACACAGGAGAGAAGCCCUAUGAAUGCAGUGAAUGUGGUGAAGCCUUCAUCAGAAAACCGCAACUUGUCAAACAUCAAAUGACUCACACAGGAGAGAAGAACUAUCAGUGCAGGAACUGUGAAGAAGCCUUCUUUAAGAAGUCAGAACUAAUUAGACAUCAGAAAGCUCAUUUAGGAGAAAAACCCUAUGGAUGUGUUGAAUGUGGAAAAACCUUCUUUGGGAAGUCACAGCUCCUGACACAUCAGAGAACUCACACCGGAGAGAAACCUUAUGAAUGCGGUGCCUGUGGGAAAGCCUUCACCCAAAAGUCCAGCCUGGUAUCUCAUCAGAGGACACACACAGGGGAGAAACCCUAUGAGUGCAGCGAGUGUGGGAAAGCCUUCAGUGAGAAGUCAAGCCUCAUUCACCAUCAGAGAACCCACACUGGAGAGAAACCCUUCGAAUGCAGUGAGUGUAGGAAAGCUUUUGCCUGGAAGCCACAGCUUCUUAGGCAUCAGAGAAUUCAUACAGGGGAGAAACCCUAUGAAUGCAGUGAGUGUGGGAAGGCAUUUGUUCAGAAAGUACAGCUCAUUAAGCAUCAGAGAAAUCAUACAGGAGAGAAGACCUAUGGAUGCAGUGAUUGUACAAAAGCUUUCUUUGAGAAGGCGCAGCUCAUUAUACAUCAGAGGAUUCAUACAGGAGAGAGACCCUAUAAAUGUGGGGAAUGUGGGAAAUCUUUCACUAGAAAGUCGCACCUUAUGAGGCAUCAGAGGAUCCAUACAGGAGAUAAAUGCUAUAGAUGCAGUGAAUGUGGGACAGCCUUCCACAGGAAGGCACAGCUCCUGAUACAUCAGAGAAGUCAUAUGCUGUAGACACGGGGCGGGUGCGGUGAGUAUGGGGAGUCUGCCAUCAGGUGUCAGGCCCCUCACACUCCAAGGACACGUACAGGAGAGAAACCCUGUCACUGCAGUGACUGUCUCACCAUACAGAAUUCAGAAAGAGAACU